ACUAAUGUUACACACUUUUUAUGUUUAAUGAUCUCCUAGUGUCAUUGUGAAAGGUCAAUAUACUAGGUUCGGGGAUGAUGACCAUGCGCCAUCCUGAAAACGAUGUAACGUAAAACAGUCUAAAGAUGAAUAGUAAUGGUAACAACCGUAUUGACGGAUGUUUGUGAAAAACAAAAGUCGAGUCUCUUGCUUGUUGGGUUGUAUGUAAUAAGGACAUUGGUUUGUACAUACAUGAUACGUACGUAUGUGACCGCUGAGGAAGUUGAUUAGAAAUGCGAUAAUGUCGUAAUGACAGUGGGGGCUCAAGAUUUGAAGUCUUCCAUAUCGUUGGGUAUAUGAAUGUGGAUUGGAUUUUUAACGAGUGUAAAUUUGAGCUUGUUCCUCAUUUUGCUCAGAUUCAGUUCAGGGUGAAGAUUUGCAAAACUCGAGAAUUUUCAGUAUAGGUACUUUAGAUUUUGAUUCACUGGUGAAAUCUCAAACUACAAAUUUUUAAGUUAAAAAAAACACAGAUUCUGCAUUUACAUAAUGAUGCAUAAAGUAAUUAACUGUUUCUGGAUUCUUUCCCUUUUACUUGAGGUUGUAGAAAUUAAAGGCCACGGCAGAAUGAUGAAUCCACCCGCACGAAAUGCAAUGUGGAGGUUCGGGUAUGCAGUACCUGUAAAUUACGAUGAUAAUCAAAAUUGGUGUGGAGGGGCUUCAGUAAUGAUUGAACAAAACCAUGGGUUGUGUGGAAUUUGUGGGGAUAAUUACGCUGAUCCAUUGCCAAGACCUCAUGAAACGGGAGGAAUAUACGGAAACGGGAUAAUCGUGCGUAGAUAUGCCCCAGGACAGUUGGUCGAUGUAGAAAUCGAACUGACGGCAAACCAUCAGGGUACCUUUGAAUUCAAGUUGUGCUCAGCCGAUAAUCCUAAGCAGGAAGUCUCCCAGUCCUGUUUGGAUGCAAAUACUUUGGAGUUGUUCAACGCGCAUGGAAAGGUAGCAAAGAGAUACAUGAUCAUAUCACCGGAGAAGAAAAAGACUUUCUUUUUGAAAGUGAAGCUCCCGCAGUAUAUUAGUUGUUCAAAGUGUCUUUUUCAGUGGACGUACGUUGCUGCAAAUACUUGGGGAACCUGCAAAAACGGCACUGAAGCAGUUGGAUGUGGACCACAAGAAACAUUUAUAAAUUGUGCAGACAUUGCCAUAAUUCCCAAUACUGGUGGAAGGCCGCCUGUGACAAUUCCACAUCCAAAUGCCUUGUAUUACAGCCAGAACGUGAUAACUGGUGAAGUGGAACCGCUGGUUGUCAGGUCGCAAGUUUGCCUUGCAUCCGGAAAUUACACAACGGAACCUGGAAUGGACGAUUGGUGUUAUACCAACUGUUUGAGGUAUCCACCCAACUGUCCUCAGGAUAAAUGUAAAUGCCUCGAAAGUUGUGACCCCGUCGGAAGCUUUAAAGAACAGCCAGGUUCUGAAACAUAUUGUAUGGAACAUUGUAUGAAAUAUCCGCAAAACUGUAAAGCGGACAGAUGCGUUUGCUAUUAAUGAAUUACAUAAUUAUGUGACUCUAUAAUGUUGACGACAAAUGCCUAAUUCUAGCACAUGUAUGUAUUAUUUCAAAGCAUUAAAAAAAUUAAUUAUAUAGAGGA